AUGCGGAAGAUACCUCGCCCUCCGAACGAUACCUAUGUCACCGAUCGCAACCCCAGAGACCAUCUAAAGGUCGACACCUCCUAUGUCGUCGAUGAUGAUGAGGAUGAUGAGCAGAGGGCAAUGCGCACUCCCUCCGCCCGCCGAGAGCAGGCCACUCGCCUCGAGGAUGACCUCAUGCUUCUUCAAGCCGAGCGCGUGGCGUCUCGGUCUACUCAGGGUGAAGCUGGUGACAGCGAGCACCACUCGAUUGGUCGAGUGCGAUCUCGGCGCGAGCCCGUCGAUGACUUCGACGAGGCCACGAACCCUCUCCAUGAGAAGGCUGCUAUUUACAAGCCUCCGGAGAGCCCUAAUACUAAACUUUCGGCUUUCGUGAAGAAGCUGCACCAGUCUAGUUUCAUCGUCCGUUAUGUUACCUACAUUGUACCCGUGGUACUCAUCAUCCUGGUCCCCCUGCUGGUCGGGGGUCUCAGAUAUCCCAAUGCCAGCGUUGGAGGUGUCAAGUUGAUGUGGUUCGCGAUCUGGUUGGAAAUCGUAUGGUUGACGCUCUGGGCUGGCCGAAUUGUCGGCAAAUAUAUACCACCGUUGAUUGGAGUAGUGGCUAGUAUUUUCACCAACAAUGCCAAAAAAUGGCGCGACAUGGGCAAGCAACUCGAGCUGCACGCGGCGCUAUUCUUCUGGUGGCUCGGCGUGGAGGUAUCAUUCUUGCCUACGAUGAAGAAUCAUCACGUGGACGGAGACAAGGCUACUCGCAGCUGGGAAAAUACGCUGAACAAGAUUAUCAUUGUCAUCUUCGUCUGGACCAUCCUCAACUUGGUCGAAAAAGUCAUUAUCCAGCUGAUCGCGAUCAGUUUCCACCUGCGCACCUAUGCCGAUCGCAUCGAGAUCAACAAAUUCCAGAUUGGAAGUUUGGUCAAGCUGUACAUCUGGUCGCGCAGUCGCAUCGAGGAGGAAGAUGAGGCUUUCGAGGAAAAGACGGCCGACGACACCCCUACCGGAACCAAGACCCCUCUACGCUAUGCCGGUAAGGCUGCGGGCAAGGCACACAAGGUGGCCAAGGGUGCUUUGAGCAAGGUCGGCAAUAAGGUUGGCGAUGUUGCCGGUGCCGUUGCCGCUGACUUUACCGGCAAGGCCGCCAAAAGUAGCAGUGAUCCUUACCAGGUCAUUCUCACCUUGCUGCGCACUACCUCUGGUUGCCAGGUCCUGGCUCGUCGUCUUUACCGUACAUUCGUCCGCGAUGGCUUUGACACCGUUUUCUCUGGUGAUCUCAAGGAGGCAUUUGAGAAUAACGAUGAAGCCGAAGCUGCCUUUGCAAUGUUCGAUCGUGAUAUGAACGGUGAUAUUUCAAUGGAGGAACUCGAAGCCGCGUGUGUGGAGAUUGGCCGUGAGCGCAAGGCUAUCACUGCGUCUCUGAAGGACCUGGACUCGGUCGUCACCAAGCUGGAUGAUGUUUUCAUGUUCUUCAUCAUCGUCAUUGUGAUUAUUGUCUUCUUGUCUCUGAUUUCCACGUCGGCUGCUGGCGUUCUGACUUCCGCCGGAUCUACUAUCCUUGCAUUGUCUUGGUUGUUCUCCGCCACGGCUCAGGAAUUCUUGCAGUCUAUCAUCUUCGUCUUCGUCAAGCACCCCUUCGACGUUGGUGACCGAGUUACGAUCUAUGGUAACGCCGGUGAUGCAGGUCUUGGCGAUGACUACUUCGUCAAGGAAAUCACCUUGCUCUACACCGAAUUCAAGAAAAUGCAAGGCCACGUCGUCCAGGCUCCGAACAGCUACCUGAACACUCUCUUCAUUCUCAACCAACGCCGAUCUGGUGCUUUGGCCGAGGCAGUUCCCAUCAUUAUCAAGUACGGCACGUCCAUCGAACAAAUCGACAGUCUUCGCCAACGUUUGCUGGAGUUUUGCCGUAGCGAAAAACGUGAUUUCCAAAGUAACAUCCUCACUGAGUUGCGCGAGGUUACCGAAAACUUCUCCCUGACCCUCAACGUCGUCUUCUUUUACAAAUCCAACUGGCAAAAUGAGGGUCUUCGUCUCCAACGCCGCAACAAAUUUAUUUGUAUGAUGAUGACUGCCCUUCAAGAGAUCGGCAUCGAGGGUCCUCGCAUGAACUGGCCCGGUGCCAAACAUGGCAUGCCCCUCCACGUCUCUUAUGGCAACAGACCUGUAACACCCCCGAAAGCUGAAGAAGCCGCCGACGACGAAGUCGCCAUCGAAGACUCCAAAAUUCCCGAAAACAGCGGCUCAAGCACUGGCGUUUCCGGUCGUCAACACUCCAUCCUCCGCAAAGGUAUGAACACCGCCGCGGCUCGGGCCAGAGGCCAAUCAACAUCCCACAAACACGUCGAUUUCUCCCUCGGUAUGUCUGGCAUCUCGAGCGGCGACAUCAUGGGCGACGUGUUCGAAGACCGUUCUGUUCAAAUCGAAGAUAUCGUCCGCAACACGAACCGCGAAGCUGCCGAGCGCAGAAUCCAAGAAGUGGCCGAAGAGGAAGAAGAACGGCGCAGUCGGACUUCAUCACGGACAUCGAAGAGCCGUCGUCCCUCGCACCACAGCGCCUUCAUGUCCUCUGGACGUCCAUCAACAGAUGCACGGUCCGUGCGCAGUGGAGCUUCCUCUGUGUCCCGUAAUCGCUUCUUCAGACACAUGAGCAGUAUCUCGCAUAAUCAUGAAGAUAUGAUGGAGCAGGGUGUUGUGCCUGCGCCGCCUCCGCCUGUCACGGUGGAGCAUGAGCAUGAGCAUGACCAUGACCAUGACCAUGACCAUGACCAUGACCAUGACCAUGACAAGCGUGUGUAA